AUGCGUCAGGGUAUCCUCAUGCUGGCGGUUGCAGUAGUUGGCUUGGUAAGCUGCAAUGCUACCCCGGCAGUCGAGUCGAUGCACAAUCAGGUGUCCUUGGCGGCCAGUACCCAACCCACUGCUGUCGGACAAAAUGAAAUCGCAAGUAGACGGCUUCUAAGGACUGCCGAGACAAGCGAAGAGAGAGGGUAUGAGUCUCUAAAAAGCCUCUUGCCUGGGAUGAGAAUGUGGCCAAAGGACGGGAAGACUUUGCCCACUAGAUUUGUCAAAAAAAUGCUGAGAAAGGAACUCCUUCGGACUAAAGUGUUUGAAGACUGGACUCGAGCAGAUAUUGACGGACCAGCCCUUCGGGAAGCGCUAGGGGAUAUGACCAAGAAGGGCCGAGCCGAACUCCUUACCAGAUUUACUGCUUUCCUGGGUCCUCAGCCAGGGCUAGUGUACCAUAGACGUCCUUUUGUCUAG